AUGGAAAACUUUACAACAGCUCCAGAGCUGAACCACACUUUGGGGGUUUGGACGGACUACAGUAUCCAGUACAAAGUGAUAAGUAGUUUACUGCUUUUCGCGAUUUGCGCUUUAGGAAUCGUUGGCAACGUUAUGGUCAUCCUGGUGGUGCUCACUACCAAACACAUGAGGACUCCAACCAACUGCUACCUGGUGAGUUUAGCAGUGGCUGAUCUGAUGGUGCUGACAGCGGCUUGUUUACCGACCAUCACGGACAGCAUCUUGGGAUCCUGGGUGUUUGGCCACUACGGGUGCCUCUUCAUCACCUACUUCCAGUAUCUCGGGAUCAACGCCUCCUCUUGCUCCAUAACAGCGUUCACCAUAGAGAGAUACAUCGCCAUCUGUCAUCCGAUUAAAGCCCAGUUUCUGUGCACCCUGUCCAGAGCAAAAAAGAUCAUUUUGUUCGUUUGGGCUUUUACUUCUCUGUACUGUAUGAUGUGGUUCUAUCUGUCAGACAUCAAUGAGCUGGUAUAUGACAACAUCACCAUCAUCACCUGCGGCUACAGAGUCCCCAGGAAAUAUUAUUUACCCAUUUACUUCUUUGAUUUUGGCGUCUUUUUCGUGUUGCCGCUGCUGCUCUCCGCGGUCUUGUACGGACUCAUCGCCAGGAUCCUUUUCCUCAACCCGCUGCCCUCCGACCCCAAAGACAAGAAGAAGAACGGACACAACAACACCAACAAUAAGAGAACCAGCUGCAAAAACUCCCGUCACUCCAGCUCCACCGCGACCUCCCGCAGACAGGUGACCAAGAUGCUGGCUGUGGUGGUAAUCCUGUUCGCCACGCUCUGGAUGCCGUACCGCACUCUGGUGGUGGUCAACUCCUUCCUGGACCCGGCCUACCUGGACAGCUGGUUCCUGCUGUUCUGCAGGAUCUGCAUCUACCUCAACAGCGCCAUCAACCCGGUCAUCUACAACGCCAUGUCUCAGAAGUUUCGCGCCGCUUUCCGCAAGAUCUGCUGCUGUGGGAGGAAAGGCUUGGAUAAACCCGCCGCCUACAGCGUGGCCCUCACGUACAGCGCAGUCAAGGAUUCCUCGUUGGUGGAGGGCACUGAUCACUUCACAACAGAGCUGGAGGAUCUCACCGUCACAGAAGACCUGCUGUCUGAUCAGAAAAAUAUGUUCCCAGACCCUUGUGUGUACGGUAAGGUGAAUUUCAGCGACGCCUAA